GUCAUCACGUAACGUUAGCUUGCCGCACUUUCGACACAUGUGACUUCUACAGUUUUUAGUUAUUGUUAUUUAGCGAUAUUAGAUUAGAAAAUGCAGCACCUUUCCGAAUAAUAUACAUCGUUUCGUUAUCAUCUAUUUGGCAUGAAGAUAUUUUAUUAAAUAGGUAUUUAAAUAAGUUAUUUUUUAACGAAACUACCGCGUGCUACAGUCAUUUAGAUAUACUUAGAUAGCCAGUGAGCUAACAUGUGAGCAGUUGUUUGUGUUGGCUUGACAGGUACGCACUUAACACAUGACAACUAAACAGUUAGCGUUUCAUAUUCCCUGAUGCUAAAGGUUUAGAGUAUAUUAACGUUGUUUUGAUUUCCAGCUUUUGCAAACAUUGAAGCUAAGGUUUAGCAUGUCCUCUGUCAGCCUCUGAGCACCACCAGCUUCACCACACAUCAUCAGAGAGGACAGCAGAUUAACUACAACAUGUCUGGGUGUACAAGGUUACUUUACUUUGUGAAGCACAGAAGUUUAUGGACGCAUGUUGUUAGAAAUGUGACAACAUGGUCUCCAGUUGGAGCUGCUUUCAACACCAAACCUCACAGGAGACCUGUGAACCUGCUGGAGAAAAACCUGGGUUUGUUUGGAGUGCCAGAGCUCAGCUGUCCUGCAGGCUUCCAGGCAGCCACAGAAACAGCUCUGAAGAACACACAGCAUCUGGUGGACAAAGUGUGUUCUUGUCCUCCAGGGGUUGAGACAGUCGAGUCUUUUGACCAGCUCUCAGAUGGGUUGUGUAAAGUGGCUGAUCUGGCAGACUUUGUUAAAGUAGCACAUCCAGAUCCAGCGUUUCGCGAGGCUGCAGAGAAGACCUGCAUAGAGAUUGGCACGGUUGUGGAGAAGCUGAACACCAACGUUGAGCUAUGCAAGAGCCUAAAAACAUUGCUGGACAACCCAAACAUUGUGGCUCAGCUGGACCCUGAUUCAAGACGAGUGGCAGAGUUGUUCAUGUUCGACUUUGAGAUCAGUGGAAUUCAUCUGGAUGACAAACUGAGGAAAGAGGCAGUCGCACUUCACGUGAAGCUGUUGGAUCUAAACAACGAGUUUCUGGUCGGCUCUCACCUGCCAAACAGAAUUGCCAGGUCUGCGAUUCCUGAGCAUCUACACCUGCACUUUGCAGCUGAAGGAAGCUUCAUCCAAGUCGGGGGAUUACAUGCAGAUUCCUCCGAUGACUUGGUGCGAGAAAUUGCGUACAGGAUUUACCUUUAUCCAAAUGCAGAUUUGAUGGAGUGUCUGGAAGAGCUGCUGAAAUGCAGAUACAAACUGGCCAAACUGGUGGGCUACGAGUCCUACGGACACAGAGCCCUGAAGGGAACCAUGGCCAAAACACCAGAGACGGUGAUGAGCUUUCUUCAGUUGUUAACAGACAAGCUGUCAGACAGAACCGCCAAAGACUUUAAGAUGAUGAAGAACAUGAAGGAAAGACUCAACCCUCGUAAUUCUGAGCUCAUGCCGUGGGAUCAUCCGUACCUCAGUGGCGUCUUGCGUGCUGAAAGGUACAACAUAGAGCCCAGUCUGUACAGUCCGUAUUUUUCUCUUGGUGCCUGUAUGGAGGGUUUGAAUAACCUCUUCACUCAGCUGUACGGUGUGUCCCUCAUGUCCGAACACCCCAAUGCUGGAGAGGUCUGGAGCGAGGACGUCCGCAAACUGGCUGUGGUACAUGAGACAGAGGGAUUAUUGGGAUAUAUCUACUGUGACUUUUUCCACCGGCAGGAUAAACCUCAUCAGGACUGUCACUUCACCAUCCGCGGUGGCCGCUUGUGCCAGGAAACGGGUGAGUACCAACUUCCAGUUGUGGUGUUGAUGCUGAGUCUGCCCCACCCGACCAAGAGCGCCCCCACCCUGCUCACCCCGGGCAUGAUGGAGAACCUCUUCCACGAGAUGGGACACGCCAUGCACUCCAUGCUGGGACGCACUCGCUACCAACAUGUGACAGGAACCAGAUGUGCGACUGACUUUGCUGAAGUCCCGUCCAUCCUCAUGGAGUACUUUGCCACCGAUUAUAGAGUCAUCAGCCAGUUUGCACGCCAUUAUGAAACUGGACAGCGUCUGCCUGAGACUAUGGUGGCUCGCCUGUGUGAGUCGAAGAAGGUGUGCGGAGCCGCAGACACCCAGCUGCAGAUUUUCUAUGCUGUCUUGGACCAGAUCUACCACGGCCAACCUCAGAACCGCUCCACCACAGAAAUCCUGAAGGAAAUGCAGCAGAAAUUCUACGGCUUGCCUUAUACGGACAAUACGGCGUGGCAGCUGAGAUUCAGCCACCUGAUUGGCUACGGGGCCAAGUACUACUCCUACCUCAUGUCCCGCGCCGUAGCCUCGAUGGUGUGGAAACAGUGCUUCAUUCAGGAUCCAUUAAACAGGGACAUGGGUGAGCGUUACCGUCGGGAGAUGCUGGCCCAUGGAGGAGCCAAGGAGCCCAUGCUGAUGGUUGAAGGGAUGCUGCAGAGACAGCCCACCAUGGAGGACUUUGUGGAAGCGUUGGUGUCUGAGCUCAACCUGAACUUUGAGACCUUCAUCAUGGACUCUGAAUGCUGAAAGAUGCCAACGGCGCCAUGGAAACUGACUUGAACCUUUACAAGGCAAAGAGAUGAUGCACACAGAUGCCGGGCUACAAGGUGAAAGAUGUGACCGCAGGGUGCACGCUCAUUCUUACUAAGCAUCUUUUCUUCGUCCGUAAAUUAAUUGUUAGCAUUUUAUAUAUUGCUGGUCUCUCUUAAAGUCACAUUGACUGAAAAGUCCUGAUAAUCAUUGAAUAUUGAUUAAUGCAGAUUAUAGUAAACUGUGUCCCAUUCACAGACAAUUUCCAAAUGCUGUGGACACCCUUGUGUUACCAUUAAUGGUAUUUCAACAAACUCAACAGUAACUUGUGCCAGGUCAGAUACUGUUUGUUUAAUAUCAUUAAAUGAUUUUGAGUUUGUACAUACGUUUUUUCACCUUUUUGUACUGAACGUAGUUAAAAAUGAACAGAUAAUAAUGUACUCUAUAAUGUAACCUACCACUACAAAUUUCACUGUGUUCCUAUUUUUGUGAUUAUCAAUUAAUCUGUCUUUUAUUCUCAUUAAUCCCACAACAAGUAUCCCCUCAUUAAAUAUCCAUUUUCAACUC